AUGAAACCCGCCAAAGAAGCUGAAAAAUCCCCAUUUCCAGAAUGUGGUCAAUCACUGCCCAAGGUUGUGAACAAAAGUGGUAUUUCGUGUGAUUUUUGCGGCAAAACGUUUAAAUUCCAAACGACACUUCGACAGCACGAAAUAAUUCACUACGGCAUUAAGCAGCAUGAAUGUGAGUUAUGCCAUCACCGGUUUUUACACAAAUCCACCUUAAAGUGUCACCUACGAAUGCACACGGGUGAAAAGCCGUACAAGUGCCCACACUGUCCUAAAACAUUCCGGGGGCAAACGGCGCUCAACUGCCACAUCUUUCGGCACACGAACGAGGGUGCCAAAUGUCCCGUAUGUUCGAAAGUUUUUGCCACGAGUUCGAUUGUGAAGCAACACCUUAAACAGGUGCACACGACCGAACGAUCGAACGUGUGCAAUCUGUGCGGUGUGACAUACAAACAUCUGAAGAGUUUAAGAAUGCAUUUACGCAACCACCAGAAGCGUGUGUGUCCCGAGUGUGAUGCUGAAUUUGACAGUGUGUACGCCAUGCUAAAGCACCGGAAGCAGUCGCACAUGAAGGAAAAUCUACCGUUCAAAUGUGAACACUGUGAUCGAACGUUUGAACACCGUUCUAAGCUUGCUUCACACACGAACCUGAGAGGACGGCCGUUUCAGUGUGAACUUUGCUGCCAUAGCUUCAACAAGCAAGAGUUCUUAACCAAUCACGAACGUCGUAUUCAUUGGAAGGAAAUGGGUCUGGAGCGACUGAAGGUGGCCGAACCCUUGAAUGGGUGGAACCGAAAAGGCAUCCCAAAACCAAAACGCACGAAGACAUCCUCCAAACCUAUUCAAACGAAGGAUCUUAACAGUGACAAUGGUUUGAUCGCUGAACGUGAGAAACAAAAUGAUUCUUGUGAUGGAAAAGAUGUGUUGACGAUGCGUGUCAAGGAAGAUAUGUCGACAAUCAAGGAAGAGCCGGCUAUAGUAUCGGAUCCCCUAGAACCCGAAACGACGGGGGAAUACCAUGAAUAUAUAUUUAAACCCGAACAACCAUGUUCGAAGGCAAUGGCCCAGCAAGAGGAUUUCUGUAAUGAACCAGUUCUUAAAAGGGAAGAGAAAUUGGAUAAUGUGAUAUAUGUCAACAAUUCAAUUGGCUCGCAGAACAUACAAGUUAAAACACCGGUUAAGCCGUUAAAAGCCGGUCACAACAAAAACAAUCAUUUAUGUUGUCCGUUAUGUGGAAUAAUUUGCGACGGAACAGCAGCGUUAAGGCGCCAUCAAUGCGAGCCUAGGAGAAAGCAACAACAAAGUUCAAAGGAUUCAUUAAUAUGCGAAAUAUGUGGCCAUUCGUAUGCAUCGGUAGCCACUCUGCUCGUGCACCAUGUCCAACAGCACCGUGUUGCUCGCUUUCAGUGUGAUCGCUGCCACCGAUCGUUCGGGUUUCGUUGUAUCCUAGAGAAACAUAUACGAUCGGAACAUGAGCUUGAGCGUAUGCCAUGCAAUUUGUGUGGCAAAACAUUUAAAUACGCACAAGACUUAAAGGUGCACAUGCAACAUCACGAUGAUCCGAGACCGUUCAAGUGCGAUCAGUGCGAUUCUACCUUUCGGUUCCCUGGUGCACUGAGAUCCCACAAAAUCUUACAUCAAAAAGAGCAUCCAUUCAAGUGUGACGUAUGUGGGAAGGAUUUUCGUUACGAAAAUAGUUUGCGUGUUCACAAACGAUUGCACACUGGUGUGAAGAAAUUUAAAUGUGAUGUUUGUGAAAGAGAAUUUUCAACCAAAGCACCGAUGUUGCGACACAUGAAGGUGCACGAGAGUGGUCGAGAGAUGGCGUGCGUGGUUUGUGGGCUAGUGUAUUACAAAAAGGUCGAUCUUGAAAUUCAUCAAAGCAAGAAGCAUCCUGAUCAUGCGUCCGUGGGCAAGGUGAAACCAAUUCUGCGCUGUGACAAAUGUGGCAAGGAAUUUACUAAGAAAAGUAAUUUAAAAGCACAUUCGUACACCCACGAGGAAGUGUAUCGGUUUCCAUGUAAGCAGUGCAGUCAGUCCUUCAAACAACGUGCCGGUUUGCUGAACCACACAACUGUUUAUCAUAGAGAAACAAUUGUGCCAGCAACGGCUGGAAGUUGAUAGUACGAAUUGAAAAUAUGCAGCCAAAUGCAUGACCGCGUUCAAAAACAAAGUACGUACGCAGCCACACAUCAGAUUGGACGCUUGACAUCUGUCAUUCGAAACGUAAACAAACG